ACAUUUCGGCCUUAGAAUCGUCCGUAGAUGCAAUAGCCUUUGAGCUUUUAUUUGAAAUGCUUGCCGGAAGGUCAUUACCCCCAGUUCUAACACGAUUAAUCCCACUCCAGAACUUUUGAGGAGUUUUUAAAUGAUCAGAUAGUUCUGCCGGAUGAGAGCGUUUACAUUUUUGAAGAUGCAAAAUGAGACCGACCACCGAUACGAAAGAUACAAGAUAAGAAACAGAAUUUAGUUUUUACUUCUCAAUUUUACUGAGAAAUUAAACGGAGGUUUUAUUCUUUAACUCAGAUCUACAUCUCACAAUGGCUCUCCAUACCCAAAAGUUUAUGUGAUUAUAUUCAUGAACUUUGUUGUAGUCCAAACUAUAUCAUCGCCGAAUAUUGAAACAAUUUUAUCUGAAUCUGAACAAGAAAAGUUAUAUGCAUUUAUUUACUUUACAAAUAUCGAUUCAUCAUGUACAUCUGCUUCAACGAUUCCAGAACAAAUUACAUAUACAUUAAGAUUACAAGAGAACGGUGUCUUCAACUAUCGUGCAGAGAAACGACUAGUUGAUAAAUUUGAUAUAUUAUGGAAAAAUUCACCGGAAUAUUAUUGUCAAAAUAUACAAAAUACAGCAAAUUAUACCGAUCAAUUUCUUGGUCUACAAUAUUUAAUUGAUUUAGCAAUUAUAGAAUAUAGUACAACUAUACCAAUGAAUGAUUUAUCAAAUACACUUGGAUGUAUUGUUGAAGAUCGUGAACAAAAACUUAAAGAAUAUUUACGUUUAUUUGGUUUAAAUACAAUUAUAAACAAUUUUAUUUGGUUUACACGUACACUUUUAAUUAAUAUCUAUUUAUGUAUUCUAUGCACAAUAUUUACAGUUGCAAUACGUUUACCAUCAAAUCAUGAUGAAGAGAAUAGUGUUUCAACAGCAGUAUUUAAUACAACACAUUGGACAGUAAUAUUAACAAUAUACUCAGUACAAAUAUCUGCAUUUACUAUAUUCUUUGGACAAUUAUUUACCAAACCAUUAACAGCAAAAAUUAUUGGCUUUGCAUUGUGGAUAUUAACAUUUAUUGAUUAUUAUCAAACUGUACCAGUUGGUGUUAAGUAUUUUAUGACAAUCUUUCCCAAUACAGCUCUUAUAUUUAUCAUACAAGUUAUAUUACAAUAUGAACGAAAGAGCUAUCCAUCAUUAACAUACAAUAAAUUAUAUUCAAAUUUAUUUGCCGAAAUUUAUCCGUUGUAUAUUGGUUUAAUAAUGGUGAUAAUGUUAAUAUGGUCUGUUAUCUAUAUAUUAUUAUCUAUUUAUAUUGAACGUAUUAAUCCCGGAAAAUUUGGCGUUGGUGAACCAUGGUAUUAUAUUUUUAAUAAAUCUAAAAAACAGUCAGUACAAAAUCAGUUCAGUACUAGUGAACAAAUACAUACAGUUGUACUGAAUGAAGAAGUACAAGAAGAAGAAGAAACGGUAGCGAGAAAAUGGUUAGAAUCAUCACCGAAAUCAGCGGUAGUCGGAGUAUCAAUACAAAAUUUAACCAAAACAUUUGGUAAAUUUAAAGCUGUAUCAAAUUUGUCAUUGGACUUUUAUGAAAAUGAAAGUUUAACGACAUGGCGGCGGCGGCGGAAAUCAGAACAGUUUUUCUGCGCUGUCAGCGGCGGCGGCGGAAGUCGCAAUAAUUUUUCUCCGCCAUUAGUGGCGCCGGCGCGCAUCUCUGACUGUUUAUUGGAACCUACAUCUGGCAGAAUAUUAUUAAACAAUCUUGAUACUAGACAAAAUUUAAUUCAAAUACGAAAAAAUAUUGGCUUUUGCCCACAAUUUGAUAUACUAUACGAUGAUUUAACUGUCAAUGAACAUUUGAAAUUAAUUGCAAAAAUUCGUCAUCUAUCAGUCGAUGACGUAUUAUUAUCGACCAGAAAUAUUCUAUCAUUAAUCGAUCUCACUAACGAUAGUCAAACAUUGUCAAAAAAUUUAUCCGGUGGCAUGAAACGACGAUUGAGUAUCGGAAUGUCAUUAGUUGGUCAACCGAAAAUAUUAAUAUUUGACGAACCAACCAGCGGCAUCGGCAAAAGGAAAGCUUUAAAUUGA